AUUUCACUUUCCUCUGGGCAUCAAAGAACAUAGUCUGAUUGUCUUUCAAUAGUCAUCAUCCAAAGAAAUUCACACACUAUUAUGGUUCAAUCCAAAAUGGAACACGGAGAGGUGCCAAGGUUGAUGAAAUACUACACCAUCACCACUGGCAAUACUACGGGUUCUCAUAUCCAGUUCACGAGACAGCUUGGAGGAGGCUUCACUGAAGUGAUGUCACCAGAGCAGAGUGAUGUCAUCAUGGCUUUCUGUCCCAUUGUCUCUCGUGCUGGUACUGAUAUUGAGGCAGCACUGCAGCAGAUUCCAGUUGGUAAACCUGUCAUUCUGGUAUUGCUGCAUCACACCUUCAACCCAGACUACACCGUACCUGACAGCAGCAGACUAGUGACCAGAGGUGAUGUAAUACUCACAGUGGACUGUCUCUUUCAUGAGAGCCAGGGACUACUGGAGUGUCAUCGCAAUGAAGAAGCCGCUAAAGAGAUUAGGAAGAAGCUUGACAUACAUCCUGAGGUGGAGCAUCAAUUUAUCAAUAUCUUCACUCUGUUGUUGGCAAAUCUGAGUGGGUGGGGUUUGCACUUGUGGGACUAUUUUAUUGGUUCCCUUAUGCCAGGCAAGCUAAAUCAAGAAAAAAACGAAUAUGAGUUGAUGAUGGACUGUAAGAACUUAUCUAAUGUGCUUCUUUUUUUCUUUUUUCUUUUAAAGACCAAAGACCCGAUGAACAUUAAGUGUAUGAUUAUCUGUGUCUUUUGUGGUAUAGUUGUAAUCUCGGCCAUUGGGCUUUUGUUAAGAAAAUGAUUUCAGAGAAAGAUGCUUAGCUUUUUGGCUGCAUGGCUGUUCCAACCAUGAAUAAAUGAUAACCUCACAGCUGUGGAAGGAAGGUCAAUUGUAAACAUGUUUCCCGUCAGAUAUACAUUUUCCAAUGUGAUAUCCUUGAAAAAUAAUAAGACCUUAGAUGACUUGC